UGAGGCCUCACCUCCUGGUUACACUAGUGACCAUAUCCCCCGUGCAUCCCGCAAAGGCGGAGGUGUUGCUAACAUCUACGAUAGCAAAUUUCAAUUUACAAAAAAAAAAAAUGGCGUUUUCGUCUUUUGAGCUUCUAGUCAUGAAAUCUAUGCAGCCUACUCAAUCACUUUUUAUAGCUACUGUUUACAGGCCUCCUGGGCCAUAUACAGCGUUCCUCUCUGAGUUUCCUGAAUUCCUAUCAGACCUUGUAGUCAUAGCAGAUCAUAUUCUAAUUUUUGGUGAUUUUAAUAUUCACAUGGAGAAGUCCACAGACCCACUCCAAAAGUCUUUCGGAGCCAUCAUCGACUCAGUGGGUUUUGUCCAACAUGUCUCUGGACCUACUCACUGCCACAGUCAUACUCUGGACCUAGUUUUGUCCCAUGGAAUAAAUGUUGUAGAUCUUAAUGUUUUUCCACAUAAUCCUGGACUAUCGGACCACCAUUUUAUUACGUUUGCAAUCGCAACAAAUAAUCUGCUCAGACCCCAACCAAGGAGCAUCAAAAGUCGUGCUAUAAAUUCUCAGACAACACAAAAAUUCCUUGAUGCCCUUCCAGACUCCUUCUGCCUACCCAAGGACGUCAGAGGACAAAAAUCAGUUAACCACUUAACUGAGGAACUCAAUUUAACCUUGCGCAAUACCCUAGAUGCAGUUGCACCCCUAAAAACGAAAAACAUUUGUCAUAAGAAACUAGCUCCCUGGUAUACAGAAAAUACCCGAGCUUUGAAGCAAGCUUCCAGGAAAUUGGAACGGAAAUGGCGCCACACAAAACUGGAAGUCUUCCGACUAGCUUGGAAAGACAGUACCGUGCAGUACCGAAGAGCCCUCACUGCUGCUCGAUCAUCCUACUUUUCCAACUUAAUCGAGGAAAAUAAGAACAAUCCAAAAUUUCUUUUUGAUACUGUUGCAAAGCUAACUAAAAAGCAGCAUUCCCCAAGAGAGGAUGGCUUUCACUUCAGCAGUAAUAAAUUCAUGAACUUCUUUGAGGAAAAGAUAAUGACCAUUAGAAAGCAAAUUACGGACUCCUCUUUGAAUCUGCGUAUUCCUCCAGGGCUUAGCUGUCCUGGAUCUGCACAGCUCUGCGAGGGCCUGGGAUCGGGAGAGACACUUAAGUGUUUUAGUACUAUAUCUCUUGACACAAUGAUGAAAAUAAUCAUGGCCUCUAAACCUUCAAGCUGCAUACUGGAUCCUAUUCCUACUAAACUGCUGAAGGAGCUGCUUCCUGUGCUUGGCCCUCCUAUGUUGAACAUAAUAAACAGCUCUCUAUCCACCGGAUGUGUACCAAACUCACUAAAAGUGGCAGUGAUAAAGCCUCUCUUGAAAAAGCCAAACCUUGACCCGGAAAAUAUAAAAAACUAUCGGCCUAUAUCGAAUCUUCCAUUCCUCUCAAAAAUUUUAGAAAAAGCUGUUGCGCAGCAACUCACUGCCUUUCUGAAGACAAACAAUGUAUACGAAAUGCUUCAGUCUGGUUUUAGACCCCAUCAUAGCACUGAGACUGCACUUGUGAAGGUGGUAAAUGACCUUUUAAAUGGCGUCAGACCGAGGCUCUGCAUCUGUCCUCGUGCUACUAGACCUUAGUGCUGCCUUUGACACCAUCGAUCACCACAUUCUU